CUGCCCGUUCACCAUCUGCCGCGGUCGGAGGACGCGGACACCUGGGAGAACCGCCGGACGCUCGGUCAGACGCCAAAAGAAAGCCCCGUGCCGGCCAGCCGAGCGAGAGUUCCCAGUCCUGAAAAUAGCGCGAGCAGAAAGCCCCACAUUCCCGGUGGCCACACUGACUGCGACUCGCUGCCGCUGCUUUUCUUAACGACCGUGAUGCAUUCAAGUGCAGCUCGGAAUCUCCCCUUUCAAAAGUCCCAUGCUGAUCAUGGUCACACCACGGCGCACGAAGAAAACUCAAGGGGUCCUCGCCUCUUGUGUGACGUCAUUGAACUGUCCUCUCCCUCCACGGCAGGGAAAACGUGGGGAUACUUUGCGUGUUGUGGAAUCUCCAUCAAUAUUUACUGCUGGAUCCAUAAGGCUGCUGAGAGAUCUGUCAAGCUCACAUCAAUGGAGUACAUGCAAGCUCCUGCUACUAGCAGCCAGGGCAACAUCCUGUGUUGCACCUGUGGUGUCCCCAUUCCUCCCAACCCGGCCAAUAUGUGUGUGGCCUGCCUGCGUACUGAGGUAGACAUCUCGGAGGGAAUCCCCAAGCAAGUCACUGCACAUUUCUGCAAGCAGUGUGAACGGUAUUUGCAGCCACCAGCAACAUGGGUGCAAUGUGCUUUGGAGUCGAGGGAGCUGCUAGCCCUUUGCCUGAAAAAACUAAAGAGUUCUAUGAAUAAAGUGCGCCUCAUUGAUGCUGGCUUCCUGUGGACAGAGCCUCACUCCAAGAGGAUUAAAAUGAAACUUACCAUCCAGAAAGAGGUGAUGAACGGCGCUAUCCUGCAGCAGGUGUUUGUGGUGGAGUUUGUCAUCCAGUACCAGAUGUGUGACGACUGCCACCGUGUGGAAGCCAAAGACUUUUGGAAGGCGGUGGUUCAAGUUCGGCAGAAAACUGUUCAUAAAAAGACAUUCUACUAUUUAGAGCAGCUGAUCCUAAAACACAAACUCCACCAGAAUGCCCUGAACAUCAAAGAAAUUCACGAGGGGAUUGAUUUUUACUAUGGGUCCAAGCAGCACGCACAGAAGAUGGUUGACUUUUUGCAGUGCACCGCGCCCUGCAGGUCUAAAACAUCUCAGCGUCUCAUCUCUCAUGACAUCCACUCGAACACGUACAACUACAAGAGCACCUUCUCUAUAGAAAUUGUACCUGUGUGCAAGGACAACGUAGUGUGCCUGUCCCCACGGCUGGCUCAGAGCCUGGGGAACAUGGGUCAGAUCUGUGUGUGCAUCCGUGUCACCAGCACUAUUCAUCUCAUUGAUCCUCGCACCCUGCAGAUUGCUGAGGUGGAUGGGAACACAUACUGGCGUCACCCCUUCCACAGUCUUUGUAACCCACGGCAACUGGAGGAGUUCAUCGUCAUGGACACCGACAUCAUCAGAGACCAGAAGCUGGGUGCUGGAGCUGGUAUAAGGUCCAAUAAGCACACCCUGGCUGAGGUGUGGGUUCAGAAAACAUCAGAGAUGGAUACGAGUCAGCAGUAUCACUGCCGUACCUUCCUGGGCCACCUGCUCAACAUUGGAGACCUGGUGCUGGGGUAUGACUUUGCUAACUCCAACGUUAACGAUGAGUUCCUGAAUAAGAUGAACCCUCACCAUGUUCCUGAUGUGGUGCUCAUUAAGAAGAGCUACGACCGCAGCCGGAGGGUGAAGCGCCGGAACUGGAAACUGCAAGAGAUGGCCAGAGAUCGGGACGGCAUGGACACAGAUGAUGAGAGACAAUACCAGGACUUCCUGGAGGACCUUGAAGAAGAUGAGGCUUUGAGGAAGAAUGUCAAUAUCUACAAAGAUGCCUCAAAGAUCCCAGUGGAGAGCGACACGGAUGAUGAUGGUGCACCACGCAUUUCUCUGAUGGAGAUGCUGGAAGAGCUCAGCCUGAAUGAUGCCACAGGAGGAGACGGUGCUGACAUGAUGACAGACUAGCUAGUUGUUUUGCUCCCUUUGUGGCUCUGACAGCUGAUUAGUCACAAAGGGGGGCCAGUGGUGAUAUAGCGAUGCAAUUAAACUCCCAGUCCUGAUGAAGACCUGGCAGCAGACUGAGGGCCGAGUAUACAGCUCACAGCUAUUGUUUGAUUCUUACUCAAUUCACAGAUCUCAACUAACAACUCUCAAUGUUUAGACCCCGUAAACUAUGACUGUCACUGAAAAAGUGACCCCUUUGAGGUGAUUUUUUUCAUCCUUUCUUUAUCCACUUGCAUUAGUGGAACUGUUUCUGCUCUGUAAUCCCAACUAUUUCAGCUUUUCUGUUAGCACUCAUCUUUAUCAUGUAAAAAAAAUCAAUGAUAAGAAUACAUAGUGCUUAUAUUUAACUACUAAAUAAACAUUUGC